AUGUCCCGCGCCGUUUUAUCCUCUUCUUCUCCCUUGGUUCCCCUCACCAAAAAGACCUCUCUUACCGCUGCGUUGCGCAAGCUCACACCUCCCAUCCCUCUGCGCGAAAACGUGCGCAAAGUCGUCCUCUCAUUCAACAAAGACGCCCACGCGUCAGCACGGAACUUUGCGAGGGACAUAUACCCCCGGCUGGCGUUCUCCAACAAACAUGUAGCAUUUACCGUCUCUCCACUCCCGAAGCCUCCCCAACCGGACGCAGGCUCACCUCCCGAAUGGCUCAUCACGCUCGAGAACGGAGAAGAGAAGAGGUUACCAUUGCCAGUGAGCGAGAGGCCUGGGUGGAUACUCAAGAAACUUGUAGAUGAGGCUGGAGCGACGCAGUGGGAUCAGGAGAUGUUGAAGAGCAGGGAAGAGGAAGAAGGGAGUAGGUAG